CCCCUUUAUAAAAGUUCAUUUUAAUAUUUUCUAUAGGCAUUAUAUAUAUAUAUAUAUAUAUAUCCAGUGGUUUUUGAAGAGAUCUAACCAUUUCAUCCAGUGUGUUCUUAACCAUGGAGAAACAAGCCAAACCCAAAAACAACAUCUUCAAAUUCUUACCAAAAGCUGCAUCAGUGGUCAACUUCCAAAACCCUCCCUUCAGCCCUAACAGAGAGAAGAGAUCGGAAUACCUGCACAAGAUUAAAACUCAUGCCGGCAGGGGAUUUUCAGGUCCAAUUAUAUCCAUAAUUCCACGUGAGGCUCGAAGUAAACCAAAAUCUGGAAGCUAUGAGACCCAAGACGAGCCCACUUCACCAAAAGUCUCAUGCAUGGGCCAAAUCAAGGCGCACAAGAAAAAGCUCAAGAAAAACAAGCGUGUUUCGCCGCCUCAGGAGGGUGAAUCUAAGCUUGUUAAAUCGUCUCCUCGUCAUGUAAAUAAGCAUACCGCCUCGGCACUCCGAAGGAUCUUCAGUAAUGUAAAACCUGAGAGAAAAUAUGCUUCUGCUGAGCAUGAUGACCAUAAGCAGUCGUCGCUUCCGGAUAGAGCACCUGCUUUAAGUCAGAUGAAGCGCUUUGCGAGUGGCCGUGAUUCCUUUUCAGACUUUGACUGGACGGCUCAGAUUGUAUCAGCGGACAAGGAUCACCGGGACUACUAUUCAGAUGAGGAUAGAGAUGAUAAUGAUCAUGAAGACGAUGUCAAAAUUCCUUUCUCGGCACCUAUAAUGGUCGGCGGUGGAGUUCCUUUGCAACCCAGAAAAGAAAUUAAUCUUUGGAAGCGAAGAACCAUGACUCCCCCAAGACCUCUUCAGCUGCAUAGCAUGAUCACUGCAAAUUGAUCGUAUUAAUUUUCCCAGAUUUUUUUAUUUACCUUUUUUUCUUUCUUCCCUAAUUUAUCUUGUAUUUGCAGUUCUGCAAAAUAUAUAUAUUUACACACACACACGCACAUAUAUAUAUAUAUAUAUGAUGAAAUUCGAAGAAAAUUGUACGCUGUAUGGUAAGCUAUGAAUUGGCAUUUGUAAUUCAUGUGUAUACAAAUUAAAAAUUGUUCAGAUCUAA